AUGUAUUCGUCCUGCCUUGUGAACGGUGUCAAUGGACACAUACCAGCAUCUGAGCGGAUUCCCUCUAUUGUGAGGCAUCUCGUCAGUGAGAGGGCGAAGCAGUGUAUUGAUACUGUGGAACGGUUCGUCGAACAGGAAUGUAUUCCAGCGGACCCCGUCUUCGAGGCCGCCCUUGGCCAAACGACACAGGAGCGGUUCUCGGCCCAUCCAGCCAUCCUCGAGGAUCUGAAAAGCCGUGCCCGUGCUUUAGGCCUGUGGAAUCUAUUUCUGCCACGUAAUCACUUCCAUGGCCUUGGUGCUGAUUUUACAAACCUCGAGUAUGCGCUCAUGGCGGAACUUCUGGGUAAGAGUAUGAUCGCAAGUGAGGCGUGUAACUGUUCUGCGCCCGAUACAGGGAACAUGGAGUUGUUAGCCAAGUAUGGGAAUGCGGAACAGAAGAAAUUGUGGCUAGAGCCAUUACUAGAAGGCACUAUUCGAAGUGCUUUUUUGAUGACGGAGCCAGGAGUUGCAAGUAGUGAUGCAACGAACAUUGGGCCGGGACUUAGGAUGGAAAGAGCUCGUGACGGUGGAUGGGUUCUCAAUGGGGAGAAAUGGUGGAGCAGUGGUGCAGGGGAUUUGAGGUGCAAGGUUUAUAUUGUGCUCGGACGGACUGAUCCGACCAAUGAAGAUUUGUACCGGCAGCAUUCUGUCAUGGUUGUGCCAUCCGAUACACCUGGAGUAACAGUGAAGAGGGUCCUAUCUGUGAUCGGGUUUGAUCAUGCUCCAGAAGGCCAUGCUCACAUUUCCUUUAACAACGUUCACGUGUCGAAGGCGAGUGUCAUUUUGGGUGAAGGCCGAGGGUUCGAAGUUGUCCAAGGCAGACUAGGGCCUGGAAGAAUUCACCAUGCCAUGAGGUCCAUCGGGGCGGCUGAAAAAGCGCUUGAAUGGACACUUGCUCGUGUCGGAGACCCUAGCCAAACCACUUUUGGAAAACCGCUUGCUGAGCACGGGAUGUUGAUCGAGAGAGUCGCACAAAGCAGGAUUGACAUUGAUGCAGCCCGACUUGCUGUGCUGAAUGCUGCCCAGAAAAUUGAUGAAGGUGAUGCGAAACAUGCUCUCAAAGAAAUUGCCGAGGUGAAGGUGCUAGUUCCAAAGGUUAUGACCAAAGUCAUUGAUCGUGCGAUACAAGCAAAUGGAGGUGCCGGUGUUUCUCAAGACACUCCAUUAGCCGCCAUGUCGGCGAUCGCAAGGAUGAUGAGGAUCGUCGAUGGACCAGACGAAGUACACCUCUUUCAGCUCGGGAGGAAUGAGAUCAAAAAGGGACUGGCGUUGAAGGGCCGUAUCGAAGCUCAAAAAACAAGAACAUCAGAAAUGUUCAGGGACUAUGGUCUCCUUCAAAUGGACCAGUUGUCUUUGAAUAGAUCUUAUGGAGCGUCGAAGUUGUAA